AUGAAACAGUUAAUACCUCUUGCUAUUUUGUGUUGCAUAAUAUCAUUCUUUGAAACUCAAGACUUUGGGAAUCAAGAAUGUUUCAUAAGGCCAUUUGAUGUUUUUGUUAACGAUAAGUUUGUUGCCCGAUGUGGAUGGGGAAUGGUUGGUUUAUUUGAAAUUAUUCUUGACAGCAUCAUUUUUGUUUCAAUACUUUUUGAUUAUUCCCCUUUUUUUAGACGGUUAAUGUCAUUACUUUUAUUAUCUCAAGUCUUUAUAAAACUUCAUUUUAUUACAGUGGUCAACCAAAAAAAAAAUCUUGUUGUUAUAUAUUUCGUUCUUGGUUCUUUACUUCAUUUUCUUUACGCAAUUUCUUCUUUAAUUUAUUCAAAACCUUCUAGACAAGAAGAGAAAAUAGAAAUACAUUUUCCAAAUGUCAGAAUCCCAGGAAGUUGUAAAAGUAAGCCAAAGGCCAUUACCCCAAAGCCUGAAUGUAAUAAAACUAAGACAAUCAAAAUUUCUACAAAUGCCAAAGAAAGUAUUUCUGCACUUGCCAAACAAAUUGAACAACUCAAUAAAGAAGCUGAAGAAAAACAUCGUUUAAAAAACCACAACACGUAUCAGUCUGAAGUUGUUAUCAAACCUCAACAACAAGAAAAGAAACAAUCACCUGUUAAUCAAAAGGAACAAAUUGAAGAAUUACUAAAUGAAGAAACGACAUUGAUUAAUGUUCCUAAAAGAAGAGUUACAAAGAAAAAAGUUCAUCAAGCUACAAAAGUUUUUGGGAACGUGAAAACACAAAAGGAAACACAGGAAAAUAAAGAAACAAUCAAUUUGGAAAGUAAUAGAACAAAAAUUUCACUUAAUGAAGUUCUACGAGCUAAAGACCAGUUAAAGCCAACAAAAAAAUAA